AGCCACAUACAAGCUCAUAAGGAACCUGGUGAGUCCAGAUAAGCCCAGCACGAAAACAUAUAACCAAAUAGUGACUAUAAUGAAAGACCACUUCAAUCCCAAACCAAGCGAGAUCGUGCAGAGAUACAAAUUCGACUCUCGUGCCCGUCAGCCUAGUGAAACUGUGAGUGCAUACGUAGCUGAGCUGAGACGACUCGCUCAGGAUUGUAACUUCGGCACGACACUGGAGCAAAUGUUAAGAGACCGCCUCGUUUGUGGCAUCAAUGAUGAUAGGAUUCAAAGACGUUUGUUAUCUGAAACCGAUUUAACAUUUGAGAAGGCAUUUCAAAUUGCCGUAGCAGCCGAAGCCGCCAGUAGGAAUGUGCAGGACCUUCAAAAUAAAGCUCCGUUAGCUUGUAACAGCAUGAAGACGGAGGGAAAGGAGAGGAAGGGAGACUGGAAAAAGAAAGAGUGCUACAGAUGCCACGGAAAGCAACACAGUGCAGCCGAGUGCAAGUUUAAAGAAGCAAAGUGUCACGCCUGUGGAAAAGUAGGACACAUCGCCAAAGCCUGCCGAAAUAAAAAUAAAGGGAGCUCGCGGCCAGAUGAAAGGAAACCAAACAGAGAGGAGCGGCCCCGCGUCCACAGAAAGCACACAAGGUGUGUGAGGGGCAGGAUGAUAGUUCAUCAGAGCAAGAAGAAGCCUUCACGUUAGCUUUUAUUAAAACAGAAACCUCAAUCCGGAGAAUUAAGCCAUUUGAAGUAAAGAUGGAAGUGAAUAGGAAGAAAGUAAACUUUGAGAUUGACACUGGAUGUAGUGUGAGUCUUAUGAAUGAGACAACAUUUAAUGAAAUGUGGGAAGAGAACAAGCAGCCACAGCUCAAAGAAACUAAUCUCACACUGAGAUCCUAUACAGGGGAGAAAAUUAAAAUUGUGGGAGUAGCAGAUGUGGAAGUAAUCUAUGGCCAGCAAGUGAAGACGUUACCCCUAGUGGUGGAGAAGGGUACUGGACCUAGUUUGCUGGGAAGAGCAUGGCUGGAGACACUGAAGCUUAAGUGGGAUGAAAUAAAACAUGUGAGAACAGAGACACAAGGGCUACA